UCACACACCCGGAAGUGAUGUGCAGUCAUCAGACUAAAAACAACAACAGUAACAAGUCGCCGUUGGUCUGAAUUAGACGGAGCCCAGACAUUGUCCUUUGUCCUGGUUUCGGGGUUUCUGAGUUCCGCUUUUACACGGCGGACGGUGGCGGUAGCGGACAGACAUGUGGAUCCAGCCGGAGGAGGUGCUGCUGGCUGGAGCUCUGUGGGUUUCGGAGCGGGCCAACCCGUUCUUUAUACUGCAACGUAGGCGAGGACACGGCCGCGGGGGAGGACUCUCCGGUCUUCUGGUUGGGACUCUUGAUGUGGUUCUGGACUCCAGUGCCAGAGUGGCUCCAUACAGGAUUCUGCUGCAGACUGCAGAUUCUCAGAUCUACUGGAAUAUUGCCUGUGGUGAGUCAGCUGGAUCCAUCCGGACUAAACCUUGCUUUUCUCUGUGGUUGUUGACCAUCGUAUGUCUUACAGGCUCGUCUAGGAAGGAAAUCACAGAGCACUGGGAUUGGCUGGAGACCAACCUGCUGCAUACUAUCUCUAUCUUCGACAAUGAUGAAGAUGUCACCACCUUUGUGAAAGGGAAGAUCUCUGGCAUCAUUGCGGAGGAGAACCGAGGAAAGCAGUGUGACGAGCAGGAGGAGGACUGUGGAAAGUUUCGGGAGGCAGAGCUAAAGAUGAGAAGGUUGUUUGGAAUGCCUGAUGAAGAGAAGCUGGUGAACUAUUACUCCUGCAGCUACUGGAAGGGCCGAGUCCCGCGGCAGGGCUGGCUUUACCUGUCUGUCAACCACCUGUGCUUCUACUCCUUUCUGCUUGGCAAGGAGGUGACCCUGGUGGUGCCGUGGACUGAGGUGACGCAGCUGGAGAAGAAUGCCACUCUGGUGUUUCCUGAGAGCAUUCGUGUCAGCACUCGUCACACUGAGCAUUUCUUCUCUGUGUUCCUCAACAUUAACGACACCUUCAAGCUGAUGGAGCAGCUUGCUAACAUCGCUAUGCGCCAGCUGCUUGACAAUGAAGUAUUUGCCGCUGACCACUCGCUGCCCAAACCCUGCAAGACACUCAAGAAUAUUUCUGCACUUAAAAGGGAUCUGGAUGCCCGGGCCAAGAAUGAGCGGUACCGGGCAGUGUUCAGGCUGACGCAGGAUGAGCGUCUGGACGGACACACAGACUGUACGCUGUGGACGCCAUUUGCUAAGAUGCACGUGCUCGGGCAGUUGUUCAUCUCUAAUAACUACAUCUGCUUUAACAGCAGAGAAGAAGACCUGUGUCAGCUCAUCAUCCCACUACGAGAGGUGUCGAUUGUGGAAAAGGCAGAAAGCAGCAGUGUCCUGCCGUGUCCUGUUUCCAUCAGCACUAAGAACAAGAUGAACUUCCUUUUCGCGAACCUCAAAGACAGGGACUUCCUGGUCCAACGCAUCUCAGACUUCCUGCAGCGAACACCUGACAGCUCAUGGGGUGACCCCAGCCCACUGUCUCUGAUUGCUCACUCAGCCUCCAGUGUCCCUUCAUCCUUAUCCACACGACCUGAGUCUGUGCACAAGGGCCGUCAUUACCACUCCGAGCUUCCCACAGCCAGCCAGGGUCUGCUCCAGCUGUACCACAGAGACGCUCCAGAGGACCUAGGACCCAAAGCUAUGAAGGAGAAAAUGAAGGAGGAGGCAUGGAACAUCCACUUCUCAGAGUUUGGUCGAGGUGUCUGUAUGUACCGGACCUGCAGAACUAGAGAACUGGUCCUCAAUGGGAUCCCAGAGCUUCUGAGGGGGGAGCUGUGGCUGUUGUUCUCUGGUGCCCAGAACGAGAUGGCAACUCACACUGGUUACUAUGGUGACCUGGUUGAGCAGGCAAUGGGACUGUGUUCAUUGGCUACAGAGGAGAUUGAACGCGACCUCCACCGCUCAAUGCCUGAACACAGAGCCUUUCAGAACGAGACAGGCAUCGCUGCUCUGCGCCGGGUCCUCACUGCCUAUGCUCACCGCAACCCCAGCAUCGGCUACUGCCAGGCGAUGAACAUUGUCACAUCUGUCCUGCUGCUCUACACUACAGAGGAACAAGCUUUCUGGCUGUUGGUGGCACUUUGUGAGCGGAUGCUGCCUGAUUACUACAACACCAGGGUUGUAGGCGCUCUAGUGGAUCAGGGGGUGUUCGAGGAGCUGACCCGGGCCUUUCUGCCCCAGCUGUAUGAACACAUGCAGGAGCUGGGAGUGAUUUCCACCAUAAGUUUGUCAUGGUUCCUCACCCUCUUCCUGUCUGUGAUGCCCUUUGACAGUGCUGUCUUAUUGGUGGACUGCUUCUUCUACGAGGGUAUCAAGGUCAUCUUCCAGGUGGCACUGACUGUUCUCCAUGACAACAUGGAAGCUCUGUUGUCCUGCAAUGACGAGGGAGAAGCCAUGACUAUUCUGGGCAGGUACCUGGAUAAUGUUGUGAAUAAACAGACAGUCGCCCCUCCAAUCCCUCACCUUCAUGCACUUCUGACCAGUGGAGAUGAGCCCCCACCUGAGAUUGAGAUUUUUGACCUCAUCAAGUCCUCCUAUGAGAGGUUUGGCAGUCUGCGUUCUGAUGUCAUCGAGCAGAUGAGGUUCAGACAGAGGUUAAAGGUCAUCCAGUCCUUGGAGGACACGGCCAAGAGGAGUGUGGUUAGGGCAAUGAUGACCGAGUCUGCCUUUAGUAUUGAGGAGCUGGAGGAGCUGUACUGUCUCUUUAAGGCCAAACACAUGACAAGCUGCUACUGGGGCUCCAGCAGCUCUGCAGCAGAUCGGCACGACCCUAGCCUGCCAUACCUGGAGCAGUACCGCAUUGACCCAGUCCAGUUUACCCAGCUCUUCACCACAUUGGCCCCUUGGGUCUGUGGCGCUCACACCUCCUGCCUGUCAGCUCGGCUCUUCAAACUCUUGGAUCAAAACCAGGACGGACUAGUCAACUUCAAAGAGUUUAUCACAGGACUCAGUGGUAUGUGCCAUGGAGACAUGACAGAAAAGCUCAAAUUGCUGUACAAGCUUCACCUUCCCCCAGCUCUCUGUCCUGAGGAGGCAGAAUCUGCUCUAGAGGCGACAGACUUCUUUACAGAAGACAAGCCACAAGAAUCUACUUUCCUGUCUGAUCUGGACAUGUUGAGGCAGCAGGAAGGGACACCAGGUGAAGACUGGAAGGAUGGAGGCACAGACAGUGAAGAGAAGAAAGAGGAGAAAGUAAAGGAUUAUAGGUAUUACCUCAGGAUGUGGGCCAAAGAGAAGGAACCCAAGAAAGAGACAAUCAAAGACCUGCCAAGGAUGAACCAGGAGCAGUUCAUCGAGUUUUGUAAGACUCUUUACAACAUGUUCAGUGAGGAGCCUCUGGAGCAGGAACUGUACCACUCCAUCGCCACAGUGGCCAGUCUGCUGCUACGCAUCGGCGAGGUCGGAAAGAAGUUCAACAAUGGCAGCAAGAAGGUGGAGCCCACUGCUGCUCUGGCUCCUGACCCUCAGGGGGAAGAAGGGCCAAGUGAGGGGGGUUCAGGCGAAUCUCAGGUGUGCAGGGCUCUGGCUGAUGCCCAGCUGGAGCCAGCAGCUUUGCAGAUGUAUGAUGAGGAAAUCAGAGAUGACACAUCAGCAUCGUCAUACUCUGUACUGAGCUCUGGCUCACUGCAAUGUGAAGACAUUGCAGAUGACACUGUGCUGAUCGGAAGCACCCGCAGGCGGGGCAGCACUCUGGAUGCAGAUUGGUCAAUCACCUUCGAACAGGUGCUGGCAUCACUGCUAACCGAGCCGCCACUUGUCGACUAUUUUGAGAAGAAAAGGGACAUCCAGUGCAAGAUAUCCGCCUGUAAGGCCCAACGGGCAGUAGAGCGUCAGAUAAGCUCCGCCUCUGACCAUGAACCCACCCAGCCUUCUGUCUGAUUCACCUGGUCACCUCCUUUAGCUUUAGCCCUUUACCUGAAUCACCUGCCUCCCAUCCAGUGACCUUUUAUAACUUCUAAAAGCUGUCUGUAUUCAGGUGACUCAGGUUGUUGGGGGUUUUGGUGAUGUCAGCACAUGAUUGGAAGGUCCUUGUGUCUGGCUCUCUUCAGCAGCAGACAGUCUCUGAUUGGCUGGGCAGAAAACACUUGACAAAACAUCACUAUUAAUAUUCAUAUGUGAUCCUAUUCACUUGUGGUGACAGCAGUGAGAAAAAUAAUCUGUCCCUUUAGCAGUUUAAUUCAAUGAUGAUUUAACUCUCAGUAAGAUGGAUGGGGGCUGGGUCACGAGGGAAAGAAUCAACAAAUCUGAAGCUGUCAUUAGUAAAUCUUGACCAGAGAUCAGGUUAACCAGAUGCAGUAAAACAGCGACAUCAACACAAAGCCCAAAAAGUAUAUUUUCAUGUCAAUCUGACUAUGUGAUCUCAUCCCACACCAAAACUCUUUAAAUCCUAAAAUGUAGGUUGAAAAGCUCAUUAGUCAUGAAAGAAAUCUUAAAACUAGUCUAGAAAGGAUCCCAACACCUGACAAAUAAACUCUACAUUUUUACCUAACCAAAAUAUUCUGACAAAAAUGUUUUUCUUCUAUUUUACGAAAAUGGAAUGACUUUAUGAAAACAAUUAUUUAGAUGAAAUUAAAGCAACUUGUUUAAUGUUUUAGUCUAUGCAGAUUCAUUACCAGUAUAUUAAUAUAAUCCAAUAUUAUCAAAUCAACCCAUUUAGUCUUUCAUCAGACUUUUAUUUUGACAUCACUGGAGCCUUGUUUGUUAAUGUGAUGAUAUUACUCCUAUUUGUUUCCUGGUAAAUAAUAAUGAUGUUUCAGUGUUUUUAUUUUUGGUCUCUGAUGUGGUCUGUGCAUUUUUUACUGACCUAAUUUUAAAUCAUUGUUUCGAUCUAUAUCUGUUGUUCUAAUAAAUACUGAACGUAAUCAA